CUUCUUACCUACAUGUAGUAUAAGACUUACGAGUGUGGUAUUUUGGAUACAGUAAGAAGUCUUUUAAAGUUACUCAUCCUCAGCUUGAGUAGAGACGGAUUAUUUUCUCAUCUAAUUUCUAUAUCGAGCUGUGGGUUUUCUUUAACAAGAAAUUUCGAUUUUUGUUCUUUGCUCCUUCUUCCUUAUUGUUCUAAUUUGCAGUAUCAAUCGCAUCGGAACUCAUCCUGCCUCAAAUUUCCCUACUCAAUCCAUCUACCAAAUAAAUGAUAGAUACAGUUCGAACAUCCAAAAUGGCCGACUUCGAUUUCCCCGGAAUCGAUCUCAGCGAUCCUUUUCUUCCACCUUCUGGCUCCAUAUCCAUCUAUAGCCCUUUCAAAUACAAUACACCUAAGCCCGCGGUGAAACCAACUCAUGACUAUGGUACAUUCACAUAUCCUCUCACUCCGGAAGAUGAACAACCGCGUCCACUUUCUUUACCUUUACGCCCUCGAGAUUUCUCUUUAAAUUCUACACCUUCUUUAUCAUUUUCUCGUUCUUCUAGUACCUCGUCUAGAGCUUCUUUCUCAUCCUCUACAUUCGACAUCCCAUCAAAUCGAUUAUCGAAUACUAAAUGGAAACCUCUUACUUCAUUUCCUUACUUCACAUCAUUACCAUUGGAAAUUCAAAGAACUAUUUGGAGACGCACAUUACCCGGAGCACAAAUCAUAGAAAUACAUCAAUACGCACCGUCCACAGCACGAUCCUCAUCAUACAUCCAAGUUACAAAACAACAAGCACAAGAACCUCUCCCAAUCCUCAAAACCCACGCUCCUGUCCCAAUAGCCUUGCAUAUAAACCAUCUCUCCCGCCAUCUCGCCCUCUCCCAUCUAUCCCCCCUCUCCUUCGCUCAACCCUACUACCUCCCCUCAAACCCAUACGCUUAUAUAAACUACAUCCACGACACCAUCUACCUCAGCACGCGCACACUGUACCCCGAUCUCGGAAAACACAUAUUAUAUUCCAGAAACCUACAAAUGAUCCGGUAUCUUGCGCUUGAAUUUAGGGUAUGGACUACACUACUCGGGGAUAAUCAUUUCGUUAAUGCUUUGUUGGAGAUGGAAGGAUUACUUCGUAUUGAUAUUAUAUUCGAGAGGGAUUUGAGCUUGAACUCGUUUGAAUCUUCUUCUUCUUCUAAUAAUUUUUCCAAUAAUGAUGCAUCAUCAAUCACAUCAAAACCACCCGAGGAAUCGACCGAUGAAACUAAUCCCCAAACAACAUUCCUCGAACCAACAAAACAAGAACAGAGAGAUAUAGAAGAAAUAUUCUCGAAAGAAUCAGAGAAAACCUGGUUAUGGGGUCGCAUAAGCGGAUGGGAAGACGUACGGGAAAAAUUAAGAUUUAAAUUCAAAGUCAAACAAUCGGACAAAGUCAAAACCCAAAACCGCAACACAAAAUCGCAACGCUGGUUCGAGUUCUGAUAUUGGUUUUCUGGAAAAGAACGAAAGUGAAUCAUUUGCAAGUCUACAUUCAGGAUCAGGAUCAAAAUCUAAACACUCCGCAAUACGGAACUCCCAAAUUGGAAAUUGGCAAAGAAGAGCAGGUGUGAAAGGAAUGGAAGAAAUGAAAGAAAAUUUACAGGAGGAAUUAGAAAGUUUAAUUCAUAGUGUUGAUGAUGCGAUGUUGGAUUUUGAGGAGGUGGCGGGAGGAGCAGAAGGGGCAGUAGGAGCAAGAGCAGGAGGUGUUUGUGAUUGGUUUGUUGGUGGCGGCC